AUGAACAUCACGACCGGCAACUUCAACGACGAGCUCGACAUGCUUUGGAACAGCAUUGUCGAGCUAGCCGAAUCCUCCACCGGGCCGCCGGAGAACCAGGCCGAGACGCCACCCGCUCCACCACCAGCCAAGACCGUGCCCAAGAUAGGCACUCGGGUACAGCGAUCCGACGCCACUAACCAGCGCAAAGCAGUCCUCCUGGCAACCCCGCCACCACCGCUGCCGGGGAAAUACCGACGCGGCCGGAAACUUCCGCCGACAGGGCCGGCGCCCGUCGUAGCCGCAGUCACACGAGGGGCACCGCAGAAUCAAACGGCCCGCCAGGCACCUCCAGCCGCCCAGGCCAGGGCCGACCCAAGCACCGGACCAGGCCGGACCGACACCGAGGCGAUGCCACCACCACCAGCACCACCGAGCCGCCUUCCAGCCACCCCGACGCGGCAACGACGACCGGAGCGGCCACCGAUCGAGGUGGAAAUUGCAUCAGGCAGGAAGGUGCUGGUGCCGUACCACGCGGCGACCAUCAGCCGCAAAUACCAGCUGCGGCUCAAGGACGGGCACUGGCUCCACCGCUUCACCAGGGAGGGCAGACUACGGCACUGCCGCCGCCGACCCCUCUCCUAA